AUGGCUCUUGUUAAUUCAACCUCCAAUGGGAGAGGUUUUCAAGGAUGGAAGAGGUCUAUCCUCAUAGCCCUUUCAGUAAAGAACAAAUUAGGAUUCAUCAGUGGAUCCUGCCCUCCUCUUAUCAUCACCUCCAAAGAUUUUCAGCCAUGGAGUAGGUGCAACGAUAUGGUUACCUCAUGGUUGUUAAACUUACUAUCCAAGGACAUUGGGGAUAGUGUGAUAUACUCCAAAUCUGCCAAGGACCUCUGGACCAGCCUUGAACACAGGUUUGGCCAAUCAAAUGGUGUUAAAUUAUACCACCAGCGUAAGGAACUAUCAGGAUUAGUUCAAGGCAUCAGUGAUAUAGCAAGUUAUUUUACUAAACUCAAGCGUUUGUGA